GUGCGCUAUGUGAUUCAAGCUUUCCUCCCAACAGUGGUGAAUGACAUCGAGGUGACGACCGGCCUUACCUCCGCGGACAUCGAUGGUCGUGUUGUGGUGGUCUACGACUAUGACGGCGUCCCCAUUGGCAUCGCCAUCAUCCAGCUGCCAGAGGGCGCCCCUGAGCCGGCGGAGGGUGAUGACCUGUACGUCUUCGACUUCAGCCCGUACCCCGGCUCCUCGUCGCCCUACCAGCCGACCGGGGUGGUGGAAGUGAAGUCCGCAGACAAUGGUGAGACCCAGCUUUCGUGGAGCCUCACCGGCCUGGAUCCCAGCUGCAGCAGCGAUUGCAUGAGCUGCAGCGACGCCGGAGCAACCUAUUGGGCCGGAGAUGACGGCAACCCUUGGGGUUCCGUCAAGUACGAUUCGAGCACGGACCCGGCGAACGUUCUUUUCCUCAGCGUUGACACUGGCCUGGCACGUGCCGAUGUCUUGGGCCGCGCGAUGGUGAUCUACGACGCCGCUGGUGCCCCCAUUGCCUGCGGCAUCAUUGAGGAGUCUACGACGACUGUCUUCGAGGACUACCCUGGUUAUGCCGGUGACUUGCCAGACACCUCUGGCGGUGUGAAGGUCGAGUCGGACGACGAGACGCAGACGCUUAGCUGGCUCUUCACGCAGGGCCUGGACCCGCGGUGCAGCGAUCCUUGCACGGCCAACAACUGCUGCGGUGUCCACAUCCACGAGGGCACGAGUUGUGCAAGUGCUGAUGCCGUUGGUGGCCACUUCUGGGACAUGGACCAGUACCCUGAAGACCCUUGGCAGGAUGUGCGCUACGUGAUCGAAGGCUCCUUGCCAUCGAAGGUGAACGACCUCAAGGUGACGACCGGGCUCAGCGCAGCGCAGGUCAACGGCCGCACCGUGAUCGUGCACGACUAUGACGGGGUCCGCAUCGGCUGCGCCACCAUCAAAAUUUGCAUCGACACCGGCUCAACUGUGAAGGGUGCCAUCGACAAGUUGGAAGAGGCAGUGGACCAGAUCAAGGAUGCCCUCACCGACCUUGAAGGCGUCGUGGCCGCCAAAUCCUCCAACCACUCCGGCAAGGGCUACUCUCACUCCGGCUACCACUCCUCCGAUUACAAGAAAGAAGCGCACCCGCCGGCCUACAAGU